AUGGGAUGUAGCGUUUCAACGAGUACGGAGAACGGUAAGAAUUUCGUCCAGCUUAGUGACAGUGUAGAUAUUUUCACUGAACGACAGAGGCGGAUUGUGCGGAAGACGUGGCGGCCGUUGGCAAAUGACAUGACAGGAAACGGCACCAAAGUGUUCCUACAUAUUUUUGAAAUGAACCCCAAAGUUAAACAACUGUUCCCAUGCCGGGACAAGACAGGCGAGGAACUGUUAAAGGACUUGAACUUCAAAGGACACGCGUCGCGUUUCAUGCAGAGCGUGGGGGCCGCCGUGGAUAAUUUGGACAAUCUUGAGACGUCGCUGGCCCCACUGCUUAUGAAUCUCGGUAAGUCGCACAACCAUUUCUCCGGAUUUGAGCUGAACUAUUUUGACUCGUUCACCGGAGCAAUGUUACACGUUUGGGAGUUGGAGCUACAAGACAGAUUCACACCGGAGGUGAUGGAAGCUUGGAAACUAGUAUUUGAUUACAUGAUGGGAAAAAUGAAAGACGGCUACAUAACACGCAGAGACGAAAAAUUGAACGAGACAAACGAACAAAAAAAUAAAAUAAUUGUUUAA